CCAGUAUUCCUGCGUGUGUCCCGCCCGCGGCGGUCUGGGUCCCAUCUUCGCUGCUUCGAGAGGCUGCAGGUGCCUCCACCAUAGAUCCUGUCUCGCCGCCACCUACCCUGUGACCUGUACUGAUCUCAGGAGCCGUAGAGAGGACGCCGGGACACCUGGAAGCCGGGAAAUGGAUUCAGUGGCAUUUGAGGAUGUGGCUGUGAACUUCACUCUGGAUGAGUGGGCUUUGCUGGAACCAUCCCAGAAGAAUCUCUACAGAGAUGUGAUGCGGGAUACCUUGAGGAACCUGUCCUGUAUAGGGAAAAAAUGGAAAGACCAGAACAUUGAGGAACAGUACCAAAAUCCCAGGAGAAAUCUAAGAAGUAUUAUGGGAGAGAAACUCUUUGGAGGGAAAGGCGAUAGUGAGUGUGGAGCAACCUACAGCCAGGUUCCUCAACACAUGCUGACCAAGAAAACUCCUGGAGUAAAACCAUGUGAAAGCAGUGUGUGUCGAGAAGUCUCUAUUGGUCAUUCAUCCUUUCAUAGGCACAUCAGAGCUGACACUGAACACAAACCGUAUGCAUAUAAAGAACAUGGAGGAAAGCUGUACACCCGUAAGCAACAUGAGAAAGUCUUCAGUCAUCGUAACUCUUUUCAAACACAUGAAACGCCUCUCACUGGAGACAAACCCUAUGAAUGUAAGGAAUGUGGAAGAACCUUCAAGUCUCUCACAAGUCUUCGUAGACACAUGGUAAGGCACAAUGGACAUGGACCUUAUAUAUGUAAAUUAUGUGGAAAAGUCUUUGCUUAUCUUAGUUUAUAUCUUAUACAUGCAAGGAUUCACACUGGAGAGAAACCAUAUAAAUGUGAACAAUGUGGUAAAUCUUUCCGUAUCUCCAGUUCUGUUCGAGCACAUGAAAGAACUCACACUGGAGAGAAGCGUUAUCGAUGUAAGGAAUGUGGGAAAGCCUUCAUUCAUUACAGUUCCUUUCACAGACAUAAAAAGAGUCACACGGGAGAGAAGUCAUAUGAAUGUAAGGAAUGUGGGAAAGCCUUCAUUUAUUUCAGUUCCUUUCAUAGACAUAAAAGAAGUCACACUGGUGAGAAACCGUAUGAAUGUACAGAAUGUGGGAAAGCCUUCAAUUUGCCCAGUACCUUUCGUAGACAUAAAAGAACUCACACAGGAGAGAAGCCAUAUGAAUGUAAGGAGUGUGGGAAAGCAUUCAACUGUUCUGGUUCCCUUCAUACUCAUAAAAAAACUCACACUGGAGAAAAACCCUAUGAAUGUAAGCAAUGUGGGAAGGCAUUUUCUCAUCUGAAAAGUGUUCAGAGGCACAUAAAGGCACACACUGGAGAUGAACCUUAUAAAUGUAAGAUGUGUGGGAAAGGGGCUUAUACUCCGAGUGCACUUCAAAGACAUGAAAGAAUUCACACUGGAGAGAAGCCCUAUCAAUGUAAGCAAUGUGGGAAAGCCUUCAAUUGUCCCAGUUCAUUUCGAUAUCAUGAAAGGAGUCACACUAACACACUCUAUGAGUGUAAGCAUUGUGGUAAAGCCUUCCGUUGUCCCAAGUAUGUUCGAAAACAUGAAAAGACUCACACUGGAGAGAAAUCCUAAGAAGGUAAGGAAUGUGGGAGAGGCUUUAUUUAUCCCACUUCCUGCAAAAUAUGUGAAAGAACUCAUACUAUUAAUAUAUGAGAGAAAUCCUAUUAAUGUAAAGAAUUUGGAAAGCAUUCAGUUGUCCCAGAACUUUCAAACACUAGAAAAUAGAGUGGAAACAACCUUGUGAGAUAAGUGACUUUUAAGUAAAGAGACCUGUGAUAGGAAAAUAAAAUCUAGAGUUGGAUGAUUCCAUGAUACAAUUCACCAGUAGCCCAUUUUACAUGAGAUUUAGAAGGCAGACAAGGGAGAAGUAUUAGUUAUGUUUUAGAUGCACCAUACAGGGAGACAACCAGAUUCACCCGGGCUGUGUGGACAUUUGCUUUCAGCCCAACUUGCUUCCAGCCCUGAUUCCUUGGCUUGACAACCAAGAAUAUCCUCAAAAUCAUUUGACUUUCAUUUUAUCAGAGGUGUAGGAUUUCAAAGAUGUUUCUGUGGUAGAAAGAAAUGGAAAAAAAAAAUAAGAGAAAAAAUAUUUUGAAGAAGAUUAAAAGAAAAAAGAAACCAACAAUCUGCAGUUUGCUUGACCUUCAAACAUUGUAAUAUAUUUACCAGAAAGUGAAUUCAGACUGCCAUGGGUGGGAAUAUUCUCUCAUGUUCAACUCCCAUGAAAAAUGACCAAGGUAGCAACAGCAAGGAGCAAACAGCAUCAUCACUAGGCCUCAAGGAAAAACAGGAUGGAGCCAUCACCGGACUCCAGUAAGACCCUGAACUUCAAUGGAGGCCAAUUCAGCAGGAGCUGUGGCCUGUAGCAGAGGAAAACAAGACUGCCAGCUCCCCAGGACAGCAUGGUGGCAGCCAGGCGAAUGAAGAACCUCACUUUUCUCUCUUCCUAUAUGUUGGUUUCCUCCUGGUACCAUGAGUUGAACCGACUGGAACCCAGAGGCUGAGGGAACCUGACUUUUAUACUUGUAGGUUAGCUUCGUGGGACACAGAACCAUAUAGAGCAUGAAAGUGCAUCUACCAGGUCUGAAGCUGAAACUGACUCCAAGUGAGUUUCCUGCUGGUGAAAAUGAAGGACUUGGAGGAGGGAGCAUUUCCUCACUGUGAGGAGGAGGAGGGGUAUGUGAAGAAGCCUUGGCCAUGCCCCAUCCCAAAUUCCCGACCCCAG